AUGGUAGGAACAGCAAAAAUCUUAGUGUUGCAGAAAAUUCUCCCAUGGCAGGAAAAUCAAAGAGAAGAGCUUCUGAAUUCAGCUUACCUUGAAUUACACUACGUACCAUGGGUUUCUAAUGUGUGUGUUACUCUUACUGCAGUUCCAAGAAACUACGACCCUGCGUUGCAUCCAUUUGAGGUUCCACGAGAGUACACAAGAGCUCUGAACGCAACAAAGCUAGAACGUGUGUUUGCAAAACCCUUUCUUAGCUCGCUUGAUGGCCACAGAGAUGGAGUUAAUUGCAUGGCCAAACAUCCAAAGAGUUUGUCUACGGUGCUGUCUGGAGCUUGUGAUGGAGAGGUUAAAAUUUGGAACUUGACCAAACGACAGUGUAUUCAUACUAUACAAGCCCAUGAAGGCUUUGUUCGAGGCAUGUGUGCUCGUUUCUGUGGUACAUCAUUCUUUACUGUUGGUGAUGACAAAACUGUGAAGCAGUGGAAAAUGGAGAGCCCGGAAUAUGGAGAAGAAGAAGAACCUAUUCAUACAAUUCUUGGAAAGACAGUGUAUACAGGAAUUGAUCAUCACUGGAAGGAAGCUGUUUUUGCCACCUGUGGCCAUCAAGUGGACAUUUGGGAUGAGCAAAGGACAAGUCCUAUGUGUUCUCUGACAUGGGGUUUUGAUAGCAUAAGCAGUGUAAAAUUUAAUCCCAUUGAGACAUACCUUUUGGGAAGCUGUGCUUCCGACAGAAAUAUUGUGCUAUAUGAUAUGAGAAAAUCAACUCCACUAAAGAAGGUUAUCUUGAACAUGAGGACAAAUACUCUGUGUUGGAACCCCAUGGAAGCUUUCAUUUUUACUGCAGCAAAUGAAGAUUACAACUUAUAUACUUUUGAUAUGCGCUUUCUUGAAUCACCUGUGACGGUGCAUAUGGAUCACGUGUCUGCUGUUCUUGAUGUGGAUUAUUCACCCACUGGGAAAGAAUUUGUCUCUGCCAGCUUUGAUAAGUCGGUCCGCAUUUUUCCUGUAGACAAAGGUCACAGCAGGGAGGUAUAUCAUACAAAACGAAUGCAGCAUGUCAUCACUGUAAAAUGGACUUCAGAUAGUAAAUAUAUUCUGUGUGGCUCAGAUGAGAUGAAUAUUCGUCUGUGGAAAGCUAAUGCUUCUGAAAAACUGGGAGUGCUUGCACCACGAGAGAAGGCAGCUAUGAACUACAAUCAGAAGCUGAAGGAGAAGUUUCAGUAUCACCCACAGAUCAGACGCAUAGCUCAACACCGUCACUUGCCUAAAAGUAUAUUUUGCCAAAUCAAGGAGCAACGUAUCAUGAGAGAAGCUCGUCGGCGAAAGGAACUGAAUCGUCGUAAGCACAGCAAACCAGGAUCUAUGCCAUUUGUGUCAGAGAGGAAGAAACACAUUGUGGCAGUAGUGAAAUAAUUGUUUUCACAUGUACAAUAUGUCAUAAUGAAAGAAAAUGUCGCUAUUGAUGAAUCCACUGUACAAAAGUUGAUGGACAUUGGUAAGACAGCGUAUAGCUCCAGAAGCGUGGCUUUUCUUCCAAGUAUACACAUGCUCUCAUUUCUCAAGUCAUCGUCUGCCUUGGGUAGUCAUAAGAAUUGGCCCUGUAAUCAUAGAAUCAUAGAAUAGUUCGAGUUGGAAGGGACCUCUAAAGGUCAUCUAGUCCAAAUCUUUUAUUGCCCCAUUUGCUUAUCUGAUGUUACUGGCCCAACGCUGUGUAUUGCAGUGGAGUUUGAACCUUUUGAUGUAAGCAGAUAACUUGGUAGUUGGUGGAGGUUAUCUGUAGUUCCAGUCCUGCUCCUUGGUACUGUUACUACAAAAGAAGGAUGAAAUCAAUUCAGAUUUGUCAGAGGCAAAAAAAACUUUGUUCUAUGUAGAGUUAUAAAAUCAGUUGUCCUUACACUGGUUUGUUGGGUUUUUUUAAACAAAUCUAAUAAGGUAAACAAGUGACCCUAAGGCAA